GAUAGUGAAUUUCACCUGCACGUCAACUGGCUUCUUUCCCGAAAACAUACACCUGAAAUGGUUUGAAAAUAGCAUGGAGCUUCCCGCCUUUCAGACCUUGGUCUUCCUGCUUGGAGAUGCUGCGUCCUACACUCUCAUCAGCAUAGCCAUGGUGACCCUUGACUUGUCCUCACUCCACUCCCAGCUCACCUGCCAAGUGUCUCACAGUACAUUGCAGAGCCCCCUCAGUAGGCACGUGAACAUCUCUAAAUUCCUCCAAGUUAUACCCACAGUGACUAUAUCAGCACAUCAGGUUCCAAGCCUUCAGCUGUCCAUACUCACUUGCCACAUCCAAAGGUUCUACCCUGAAGUCAUACAAAGCACCUGGCUAGAGAUGAACAGAGGCCUUAAGGCCUGUGAGGCUUCCGUGCUCACCAAGAACCCAGAUGGCACAUUCAACCAAGACAGUCAUGUUCUGGUCUACACCUCUGAGGACAAAGCACAGUUCACCUGCCAAGUGUGGCAAGAGGCCCAGCCACCGGUCCAGGCCAGCAUGCAACUGAGUGAGUUCAGAGAAGCCAGAGCAUUCAGCGCCCCCUCUGGGACCCUCAUCCUGCUUGGCUGGAAGUUGUUUUCCUUCACUGCACUUUGCGCCAUCUGUGUCCUCAAGAGGAGAUUCCCUUCCAGGUCACAGGUACCACAAGGCCCUCCACAGUGACACAGGAGCCUCAGUCCCUCCUGUUUUAUUUAGAAGAACUGAUCCAGGAACAGCACUUGCCAUGAAGCCUGCAGCCACUACCAAAGCUUCUCCUGUCCCACCAGCCUCCUGAGACCUGUCUAGCACCGGCUGUCCCUCCCUGUCUCCUGCAGCCCACAGAAAGGAUGAGAGCCUGGACUGGGAAGGGAUGAGAGGUAGUCUUUCACAUCCUAUGGACAGCAGUUUCUCUGGGGAUUCUGGGCAUGAAGUCCAUGACCCUGAGCAAGAAACCCAGAAGAGGCAAAUUAAGCUCCUACCCAGGGAGGCACACAAACCUGCAAUUCUGAAGGCCCCUCCCAGACUCCUCAAGGAAAGCCUGUUGUGCAUGAGACCUUUACAGCUCCAUCAUUAAAAUGUUAUAAGAAACAUCUAUGGCCAAUAAACAUAUAAAGAGAUGUCCAAUCUCAUUAGUAAUCAGGAAAAACCAAAGCAAAACCACCCUGAGACACCACUUGGUCCCUACAUAGAAAAAAUAAAGA